AUUCGAGCGCAAAGUGGGCCCGCUCUCGCGCAACGCAAGAGCUCGGCCGCGUGCGCUCGCUCGCCCGCUCAACGCGCGCGUUCGGCGAAGACGCUCGUCGUCGGUGAAGAGGACCGACCGCUUCUUCACGCGGCAGGAUGGGACUCUCGAGCACGGGAGGAUCAUCAUCACGCCGCCGUCGCCGUCACCGCUGCCCGUGCUCGUUGCCGCCGAGGUGCUCGUCUUCGCCCACCUGUUCUCUACCGCCGAUAGUAGCUGUGGUUCGGUCAACGUCGUCGUCGUCGUCGUCAUCGUGUUGGUUGUCGCCAUCGACUGUGUCGCUGCCGUGCUCGUGCCUGUGCUUUGCGCUGCUACCGUCGGCGUACGCUAGAGGAUCGUCGACCGCAUCGAGAUCGGUGUUUGUCGCGGACACGGCGAGUUGUUCUUCGCGGGAUUACGGCCGCGCCGACCUUCUCCACUGCGACCGAGGGCUGACAGCAGCAGGUAACACGCCCGCCAGCCGGGCGACAUGACGUCGGAAGCGGCCUGCCGACCUCCCAGCAGUGCCUUCAAGCUGAACGCCAUCUGCGAGAAGCUCGCCCGGGGCCCAGACGACACGCCGGACCUCAUGGCAGCCGCCAGUGGGGACGACACCUCCGCCGCCGACGACGUGACGCCCGAUGACGUGGCCACCGGCCGCGGUUCCUCCUCGUCGCCCCGGGCGCCGCCGCCGACCUCACAGGACCCGGCCAGCGGCGGCACGACCGCGCUAGAAGACGACGAGGACGACGACUUCGGCGAAGAGGAGGAAGAUGAGGACGACGAAUCGGGGGCCUUGAACGGGGCCUUAACGAACCACUCCGACAACGAACAAGAAGGCGGCGGUGGCAGCCGAGGGACCACCGUCGCGAGCGCCGGCUUCGGCGGCGAAGUGCCUUGCGCCUGGCCGGACACCGACAGUGCCUUGGACGGACGCAUGCGGAACAAGAGGAAGAACUUUCAGCCGAAAAACAUCGCGGCGGCUGUGUUCGCCGACUCGGACGAAGAAGAGGACGAAGACGAAGAGGUGCCCUCGGAGUCUCGAUUGCCGUCCGAACGCGACGCAGUCGACCUAGUCGGCGAUGACGAGGCGACGGUCGUCGCGUCGAUGCGCUUCAAGCGGUCGACGACGACGGCGCCGUUGUCCCCGGUCGCUGCCGAAGGUGGUGCCCCGCAGACGCCUGCGGCAGGUCGCGAAGAAGGACCCCUGGACUUGAGCGACGCCGGGUCGAUGCGCCGCAAGUCGCAGCCCGUCAAACGGGUCGUCUUGAACAGCGUGACGACGGAGAGCGCUGGGGGCUCUGGUGUUGUGCCGUCCUCGAGACGGGGUGGGUUUCCUGCAGUCGUGGUGGACCUCAGCGGGAACCGGAGGAGCGACGAGGACGAGUCGACGACCGGCACGAUGGGGCUCAAGGAGUCCGAAGAGAGGUCGUCUUCGCUACCGUCGUCUCCGCAGCCGCUCCUGGUGCGGCCGUCGGGAGACGGUGCUAGCUCUCCGUUUGUGACGACGGCGAACACGCCAGGUGCGCGACAUCAUCAUAUGCAUCAUCAACAUCACCACCACCAUCAUCAUCAGUCACAGCAGCCACAGCAACAUCCGCUGCCGCAGCAGCAGCAUCAACAUCAGCAUCGGGCGGCCGACGCGAGCUUGAUGAAGGACUACGCCGAGAACACGAUGAAAGAACUGCUCAGCAUGUACGGACUGCACGACGUGGUCGAGUCCAUCACCAAGCACGUGCCUCUUCACCACUUCUCCUCGGGCAAAAUCCUGGAGAGCAUGUCAUCCGGAGCUCUGAUGGGCAGCCAGGCGCUGCUCCAGAACUUCGCCAAGGAACUGUCGUCGGCGCAGCAGGCGGCGGGGCUCUCGGGCGGCGGUCCCCCCGUGCUCACAUCCUGCCUGAUCGGGGCCCAGGGCUCCGGAGGGCCGGCCCACGGUCAACCUCCGCCCCUUAGCCCGGCAUCCAGUUGCGGAAGUUCGACGGCGGACCUGGCGUCCUCCAGGAGUCUUCCGCCGAGGCUAUCUCCGGCGCCCUGCGGUCCCGGAGGUCACGGGGGGCACGUCCACUCCGAUGUGGAGAGCUCUAGGGUCCCCACAGUGCCCGGAAGGACGACCUCCUCGUCGUCGUCCGUUGGACUCGACGGGAUUGUGCCUUUCCACGGAGCGCAUCAGCUGAUGGGCAACCACCCUCAGGUGAUGCUUCCUCAGGACAUGGCCACGACGAUCCUGACACUGGCCACCCUGGGGGGCAAGAUGACGCCCGAGGCCGUCAACAGCAGUCUGGCAAGCAGCCUGCUGGGCAGCAGCCCCGCCGUCACGUCGGCCGGCAGCUCGCUCAACUCCGUGUCCACGCUCAGCCAUGCUAGUCUGAUGAGCACCAACCUGGCCAACUGCCUGUCAGUCAAGCUGGAGCAGCCCAAGGCCCCGCCCAUCGAUUACUCCCGCUACGUCCGCAGGUACUCCAGCGCCAGCCAGUGCGGCAGUAACUACUGCAAGGACCUCAACUACCGGGAGCAUUUCCACUGCCUGGACUGCAACUCCAGAGUGUUCGUGAAGAAGGAAGAGAUGAUCCGGCACUUCAAGUGGCACAAAAAGAGGGACGAGUCUCUCCAGCACGGAUUCCUGCGGUACAGCCCGAUGGACGACUGCUCCGAGAAGUUCCCAAACUGCGCCCACAACCGAAAGCAGACCCACUACCACUGUCUGAAGGACAACUGUGACAAGGUGUAUAUCAGCACGUCUGACGUCCAGAUGCACGCCAACUACCACCGGAAGGAUUCCGCCAUCAUCCAGGAAGGCUUCCAGAGGUUCAGGGCCACGGAGGAUUGCAAUACCCCAACCUGCCUCUUCUACGGCCAGAGGACUACCCACUUUCAUUGCCGCCGAUCAGGCUGCAAGACAACCUUCAAGAAUAAAGCUGACAUUGAGAAGCACAAGACGUACCACAUCAAGGACGAGCAGCUGAACAAGGACGGGUUCAAGAAGUUCAUGAAGCAUGAGCACUGCUCGUACGAGAACUGCCGCUUCUCGCGCAUCUGCAACCACAUCCACUGCAUCCGGCCGGGGUGCAGCUACGUGCUGCAUUCCAGCGGGCAGCUGUACUCCCACAAGCGAAAGCACGAGCGCCAGGACACCGAAAUGGCCUACCGCAAGUUCAAGCUCGCCCAGAGCAUGCUGAAGAGCUACUCGGCCGCUGGCGCCAGCGACCCGUGCAUCAUGUCCGAGCAGUUGGCGAUUUGCGACCAAAGCCUGAGCAGCUCUCCGGUGCAGAGCAUGUUUCCGACCGUGCCCUCGUCGUCGUCGGCGCUCCCACCGACGCCGGGCUCGAGCACGGUCGCGACCCUCGCCCCGACCACGAUGACGACGAUGAGCUCAGCGGGUAGCAUCGCGGAGGCGGCCCACAAGGCGAACCAGCUCGCGAACCACGCGCUCGGCCACACGGCCCACGACAAGCUCAACUGCGGCGGCAACAGCUCGGCCCAGUCGCUCCUUCCCGACGCGAGUGCACAGCAAAAGCCGCACAUGUUGGACCCGACCUUCCUGUCUGCGUUCCUGCCCAACGCCUCGGGCGUCGGUGCAGCCCUGCACCCGGGUCUGGCGUUCAACUUUGCGAGCCAUGGCUACGGCGCGAAAGAGGAAGACGGCUGCGGAUCGAGCAACGGUCAGGCAUCGGAUGCUACGAGGGAUGUGGGCGCCAAGGCCGAGGAGACCUGGCAGCGCUACAUGGUCAGGUAUUCCCCGACGGACCUUUGUCGACCCGAAUGCGAAUUCAUCUACCGCGAACACUAUCACUGCACGACGGACAAUUGCUCCAUGGUGUUUCCUGGCAAGGACUUCGGAGGCGUGCAAGAGCAUGCAAAAAACCACGAGCACCAGGACCAGAUCACACAGUGCUUCUACCACACCGUGGGGAAGAGCAUCGAAGGGGAGUGUCCUCCCGAGUGUCCGUUCCAGCUCAAGGAGAAACACUACCACUGCCAAUGGGAUGGCUGCCGAGAUAUUGUGAGCAGCACGGACAAGCCGUUCAGGCGGCUGGACCACUACAAGAUGCACGAGUAUACGACCAAGCUGAGCAUGUCUCGCGACCAGUUUAGCGCCAUCUCAUCGGUCUCAAUGGACGGCAUCUUCAGGCGAAAGAGGGGACGGCCUCCGAAAGAGCGAGUUAUUGAGUUUCCCCUGGGUCCCAGCUCACCGCACCUGUCCCAAGCCAUCUACGCCAGCUUCAAGCUCCCCAAACCGGGCUCUAGUCAAAACAGCCCAGCGCUGUUUCCUCCUUUCCAAAGCUCGUCGAGCGGACUCCUGGGCAUCCCGGGACCUUCCAGCGUGCCCAGAAUGCCCCUUGGAUCUCCGGGCAUAGUCGACUUCUCUGUGGACAACCACCACCAGGCUUUGCACUUCCUGCAGCAACAUCAGCAGCUCCAGGAAAAGCUGAUGGAACAACAAGAGAAGCAUUCUGCGGAGCAAGCUGCCGCUGCUGCUGCUGCUGCGGCGGCGGCGGCGGCGGCCGCGGCCGCAGCUGCCGCGAAUACUGCGAAUGCUGCGACGUCGGUGAAGGCAGAGCCUAGGGAGCCGCCGGAGGCGGAUUCGGCAUCACAGACCCUGCUCUCGGUGUCACAACUUCCCUUCACUCCUGAGGUUCACGAGGGUUUCUACAUCAUCCCUGAAAACGCCCCUUGUCCCGACAAGCUGUGCACCUUCUUCGGCCAACAACACUUCCACUGUGUCCAAGCCCGGUGCCACUACGUGACGGACCGCGAAGAUAUCCUCGUCUUACACUCAAAAGACUUCCACGACAACAUCGACAUCAUGGAAGGAUUCGUCUUUUUCGAUCGCAGCGUCGACUGCCGCCUCCCGGGAUGCCACAGCAAUAAAGUUAACCGGCACUUCCACUGCACUCGACCCAACUGCAGCUACUCCUUCGUCCGCUACUCCACCAUGAGCAUGCACGAGCAGAAGCACGCUCAGCAGACCGCCGGUUCUCCGUCGCUAGAGGACGAGGAGGAAGGGCCUUCGCCUCCCAAAAAGAAGUCCUGCUCCAGCGACGAAGACCGCGUAGCGAGUCCUGCAGCAAGCGACACAUCACAAAAGACGGUCGUGAAGUCCUCGGGGACGUUCUAUCCGCUUUCGGCGUUCACGAACAACAACAGCAAGACUGGAAGCGACAACGACCACCCCCCGGAAGACGGCGAGGACAAGGAGAGGUUCGUGUCGAGCCCCACUUCCAGUACAGCGUCGUCGUUGCCCGAGUCCGAUCAGCAGCCGCUAAUGAAGUUGCUGAUGAAGCCGACGACGGUGCAGACAUUGGCUGCUGGCCAGAGUGCCGAAAAGCACGUCAUGUUCAGCGAAGGUCAGAGUUGUGGACGACCCUUCUGCAAGAAGAAGAGAAAAGACCACUUUCACUGCAAUGUUUGCAACCAGGCAUUUUCGAGCUUCUCCCGUUUGAAGCUACACAUCUCCAAACAUUCCGGUGCUCCCAGCCCAGUCCCGGUAUACCCGGAUGGUCGCACGACUCCGCUCUCGAGCCAGUCCUCUCCAGUGUCCUCUACAGCGCAAGGAGAGUCGGACGCCGAAGUGGACGAGGAACCAGCCCCGUCACCCAGCAAGAAAACGACGCCAGAACCAAAGCCGCAGCAAAACUCCCCGGUGGCCUCUCAGGGGUACCAGACUCCCUCGAGCACGACCGCUAACCACCAGGACCACCAGCACCAUCAUCACCAUCCGUUCUUUAGCACCCCACCGAAACUGAGCCUACAAAACAUGCAGAACAUGCAGCACAUGUUCUGGCCACCCGUCUCCUCUCCGGGACUCAUCCCUGGGAUGGCACCGCUGAACCCGGCGCUGUUGGCUCUCGGAGACAUGUCGGGCCAUCCGAACCUGGACCUGCAGCACCUCGCCCUCAUGUGUCCCUCGGGAGACAUGUUCUACGGCUCUCCGCAGAUGACAACGAACGUGGCGGCCGUGUCGGAGCAGAAGCGUCCACUCUUCGCCAACUGUAAGACCGAAGAGACGCAGCCGACCGUCGCCAUGAGCGAGCCCAAGCGGAUGAAGAUGCCCAGCCUGCGUAUCCUGAAGGACGAGCCGGUCCCGGACGGCUACGUCCGGUUCCGGUUCAACGAGGACUGCAGCUACCGCCACUGCGGCUACCGCGAGCACCAGACGCACUUCCACUGCACCAGGAAGGACUGCGGGUACAGCUUCUGCGACAAGACCCGCUUCGUGCAGCACACGGCGCGCCACGAGCGGCUCGACACGCUCAUGGGCGGCGAUUUCCGCCAGUUCCGCGCCAACGUGCACUGCGGCAGGCCGGACUGCCCGCAUGCCACGCAGCAGGCGGCCAACAACAACGGCCCCACGGGAGGCAGCAGCAACAAGGCCUCGCACUUCCACUGCCUCAAGUGCGAGUUCGUGUGCACCGACACGAACAAGGUGGUGGCCCACCGGCGGCAGCACGCCAAGCUGGACAGCAUCAACGCUGCGGGCUUCGAGAAGUACACGCCGUCCCAGAACUGCGGCGUGGACGGCUGCAAUUACAAUGCAAAACAGACGCAUUACCACUGCCUCAAGUGCCAAUACGCGGUGCUGGGCUUGUCGCAGAUGUCUUCGCACAAGUACCGUCACAUGGACUGACCGACGACGCGGCGCUCUGCGGUGCGCGCGCCUGACACCCACCUUUUUUUUUUUAUUUUCGUUUUUUUUUUUUUUAUAUACGUAUAUGUGAGUGAACAACGUAAAGUUGGGUUCCCUGUAUCGCGGUGACGGAUUCAGCUUUUUGGUUGAGAUGCGGAGGAGGUUUAGAUGGUUUUCUUUCUUUGGAUGGGGGCGCCUGGAUAUGUACUAGAAAAAGUUGUUUUUUUCUUUCUUUUUUUUAGAAGAGCGAGGCGAAUGUCAAAAGCAACCAAACUUAACAUGAACUGCCCUCCGGUGCUCGCUCUGUUUAUUUCUUAUGUGCGUGUGUGUGCGUGUGCCCGUGUGAUUGCUGUGCAUUACAACAUAGUCUGAAUCCGUUUGUUUUUAGAGCUGCAUUCUGAUGUCACAUUAUUUUCUGUCGCUUCGCUCUACCUUCUGUUUUAUAGGUCUUAUACACAUAGUUAUGUGUCACAACACAAGUGAGGAGUUUGUUCCGGUGUGUAUAUUUAAUGCAUUUUACGGUGCACAAUGCACAAAGAGACGAUAUGAGCUAGGGGAUCUGUGACCUGUGAACCUGAACAAAUCGUGCAAUGUUUGAGUGAGCUAGCUUAUUUUUCCAGGCAUUGUUGGAGAAAGAGGUGAAAGCAGUGCAUAAAGGUUCACCGUUUUUCCCUGUUCUGAACAACGCAGUGCAGGCAGUCUAGCUGAGACUAGGCUGAUAUAGCCAGAAAUAGGUGUAACCUUUUUCUUCAUUCUUUUUGUUCGCGGUGAAAGGCCUGCACACAUACCUGUAAUUUCGUUAUCUUUAGGGUGUGGCGUUGUGGAAUACGCGGCCUAGGCCAUUUCUUUCCUAAGAGGAUGAAAGCGAUAGUUGCGCAUUAGUUAAUUCGAGCGGAAACUGGGGCUAGAUAUUGCACUCCGCGACUUCGUUAGGAAAUGGUUGUAGCACCAAACGGACUCCCCAAUAAUAACGUAAAGCCAAUCACAUGUGAUCAAUGAUUCAACAGCUGUGCGGUGUUUGGCAUGCUCUAGCUGAAUAUCUUUGAUUAUUUCCAAUUGCAUUUUCCAUGAACGCCCGUGAGAAAAUUUUUGUUCGACAAAAGAGCUCCCUAGGCAGCUGAAAUUUCUCGCUUACUAAAGAAACAUUACGGUUUAAGGUGCACAUCUAAUUUUUGUGACUUGAGGCUCAAAUUUAUAUAGUAAACUGAAGUUGUAUAGAAAACAUUGGUUUAUAUAGCAGUCCCUGAGAAAGCCUGGCAGACGAUCGAAAGAGGUCACCACUGUAAAACAGAGGAGGAGAAGCGGACGGCAGACGAGGACCCCUUGUGAGAGUCCUCGACAUCAGCGACAUGCUCUUUCUGACACACAUUUCGAAACACGUGUCGCGUCCGCGAAGUGUUUUCCGUAGAAUGGCCGCUGCUGGCGCUAGUAUCGGAAAUUCUCGUCAGCAGUUCGCGUCCCCUCCUUUAGUUUAUGCGACCGAACAAUCUAUUGUUUACACUAAGGGCAAACGCUUACCCGCGUAGAAGAGGCUACGAAAAUAGUGAUUGCUCUCAAAUUAAUGGAGAAUAUCUUCGCAUUCUCCGUUUACAGUUUUCACUCUUUCUCAUAAAUUUCGCCAAAAGUGACCGUAAAGGAAGUUUCAUGGACAGAAUGUUCCUUAAAAUAUAUUUAACGUGAUCAAAGCAAAAAUUAAAGAAAAUAUGGUUCAUCGAAUGAAGGAAUAACAGCGUAGUAAUUGUAUUUUUGCCAACUGUCGUUUGCGAGCGUCUGCCGGCUCGCGGCCUCCAUUUGACGUGGGUACCUUGGCAAGGCAUGCCACGUCAAAGCAGCAAUAAAACGAGCGCAAGUGAGACAGGGCAAGUCUUUGUGAGUACACCGGUGGUAAUAAAAAAUGCGCUUGCAAAAAUUAAAAAAAAACGAAAACAUUGGCGACAUGAUUCGAACAAACUUUAAAGGAAGUGUCACAUUUAUUUCGCACAUGGCUGCGCUCGUCCAGCAAGUGCGUCAUCGUACAAAACACGUUUAGUCUUUCGCAAUUUUCGUUUUGCAGAUGCGCGCCUCCAAGAGUGGAUAUUCUUUUAGGUUAGAUUUUGACGGAAGAAAACGAUCAGAGUUGCCAGCCAUGCGCUCUGCCAAUAUAUAGAAAGGCGUAAGCCUUCAUUGCCGCAGUCACUUUUUUUACGCAGGCAAAUGUCCUAUAACAAAAGUUUGAGAAAGCUUAUAAUUAAAAUUUCCCUUGUUACGAUUAGGUUCUAGAAUGACAUUUGCUCUUGGCCAAUUUUUUUUUCGCGAAUGUUUUUGCAGAGUUUUUUUUCAUUUUUGGCUGCAGAAUUUACUGCAUGGUUGCUCGUUCAUGUCGAGCCCAGAGCCAUUGGGGGCUUUCCCAAAACCGCAUCAAAUUGAUAACGUGUACAUAGUGCUUUCUCGUCAACGGAGGUGUGUUUGUGGUAGCGGCGGAGAAGAACGAAAAACAAUCCAAAACCGGUGACUGUCUGUGUUGAAAGAAGCGGCAAAGGGAAGGAGUCACAAAGGCCUGCUUCUAAAAUGUCUUCCCUCGAUGUACAGAACAAAUGGGCGGCUCGCUUGCCUUGAAACGAGCGAGACGGGGGCCCCACCCUGGUGAAUUUAUACACGUUUGCGGGAUGUCCCUUUCCUCUACGAAAUGGCACUGUUUUGCAAACAGACUGUGCCGUUAUUUUUCUAGGGAACAUUGAGAAGCACAAGUUUUUACCGAGUCUUAUCGUUUCUUUUUAAUCGUGUGUAUAUACGAAAGAUACGUCACACACGCUGACAGUUUUCACGAGGCUAUGCAGUUCCUCCUCCCUCAUUUUCCCCAUUCCAGUGCCAGAGGUUUCGUGUCUCGUUUUUUUUUUUUUCACUUUCUUCAGUUAGCAUCUUUUGGGAUCCAGAGAGUAUUGGUGGGGAGCUAUUUGUUUUCGGUUUUGUAGUGACAUACUUAAGAUGCAUGCUCCAGCUGUUUCUUUUUUUUAUUUUUUAGGUGUCGUUAUGAAGAGAAUGUUUUAACAGGGGAGAGUGACUAUUGCCGCGUAACAACCGCUUUUCUUCAUCGUGUGUUCUUUCCCCAUAAUCGGUACACAAUAGGAGGAUUCAUAGGACGAAUCGACUUUAUUUAUGCUGACCUCCAAAGGCUCACGACAUUGUCUCCUUUUCUUUUUGUUCUUGUUUUGGUUCUGUUCUCUCGUGCACAGAUGUUAUUUAAUGACUGUCCAAUGAGUGUGUGCCUCAUGUACAUAUAGGGAUGUGAUCACCAUUAUAAUAGUGCUGUGUGUGCCUUACACUACAAACCCGACCCCAUAUCCUGUCAGCCCUUAUCCGAAAAAUAAAGGAUGUGAUAGUUCAAAAAAA